UAUUGCAAAGCAAUGACACUUACGUGUCUAGUGAACCUAGUAAAAAUCUUAGCGAGAAAUUACAGGAUAAAAACUCAAAGCGAGUGAAGGCUUUUGAUCAAGAAAGAAAGGAGUGGAAUCAGGAUUUAUUACAAAAUAAUACUGAGAUCCAAAAGUUACGCACCCACGCUUUGCAG